CAGGUCGGUCGAAUUUGAUCAAAACAAUCUUGUCAAGAUGGCAGCGGUGGUGGAUGCGGUUCCCGAACCAAAAGCCUGUGAAAUGAAUGAAAGUGGUGCAACGAAAGAUGAGAUCGAAGAAGUUGACCCCGCUGAUCCACAAGCAUCUGAGGGCAAGAAGAAAAGAAGAAGAAAGAAAAAGAAAAAUACAGGUGAGGGCAAUGAAGGGAGUGCAGUGAAUGGGGAGAUAGAGAAAGUGACAGAAGAUCUGAAAAAUCAAAAGAUUGAGGAUAAACAGCCCAAUGGAGAAGCAAACAUCCCUGACGAUGUAGAGGAUAAGGAGGAGGAUGGAGCUGGUGGGGAGGGCGGAGCAGAAGGAGGAAAGAAGAAAAGAAAAAGGAAAAAGAAGAAGGCAGGUGGUGGUGAAGGAGGCGAGAAUCAAGGUGCUGAAAAGGGCAAUAGUUCACAAGCAAAGAGCAAUAAGCAGACAGACCCGCCCACUGUGCCGAUAUCAGAACUGUUCUCUGGAGGACCUUACCCAGUCGGACAGGAAGUGGUUCACCCAGAUGUUGAUGGGCAAUCGGCGCAAUGGAGAGUCACAAGUGAAGAAAAGAAGGCAUUGGACAGAUUACAGAAUGAUGUGUACAAUGAACUGAGGCAGGCAGCUGAGGCACACAGACAAGUUAGGAAAUAUGUACAGAGUUUCAUCAAACCAGGCCUAACAAUGAUAGAUAUAUGCGAGAGAUUAGAAACUGCUUCUAGGAAACUGAUCAAUGAGAGUGGCUUGAAGGCAGGUCUAGCAUUCCCUACAGGGUGUUCCAGAAAUCACUGUGCUGCCCAUUAUACACCCAAUGCUGGCGAUCCCACGGUGCUAGAGUAUGAUGAUGUCUGCAAGAUUGACUUUGGCACUCACAUAAAUGGUCGUAUUAUUGACUGUGCCUUCACUGUCACAUUCAACCCAAGGUACGAUCAAUUGCUGGCAGCCGUUAAGGAUGCAACAAAUACAGGCAUCAAGGAAGCUGGAAUCGAUGUGAGAUUAUGUGACGUCGGUGAGAGGAUACAGGAGGUGAUGGAAUCCUAUGAAGUGGAGUUGGAUGGCAAGACGUACCAGGUGAAGCCCAUCCGCAAUCUCAACGGACAUUCCAUCGGACAGUACAGGAUACAUGCUGGAAAGACGGUACCCAUCGUCAAGGGAGGAGAGGCAACUAGGAUGGAGGAGAAUGAGUUCUACGCGAUAGAAACAUUUGGAAGUACGGGUAAAGGCUUUGUGAGAGACGACAUGGAAUGUUCUCACUAUAUGAAAAACUUCGAAGUUGGCCAUGUUCCUCUAAGGAUGCAAAGAUCUAAGGCCCUUCUAAAGACUAUCAAUAAUAACUUUGGGACGUUAGCCUUCUGUCGCCGAUGGCUCGACAGACUAGGUGAAACCAAGUACUUGAUGGCUCUCAAGAAUCUGUGUGACACAGGCCUGGUGGACCCUUACCCACCCUUGUGCGAUGCUAAAGGGUGCUACACAGCCCAGUUUGAACACACCAUCAUGCUUCGACCAACGUACAAAGAGGUAGUCAGUCGUGGUGAUGACUACUAGUCGUAGUCAGCCAUGUAAAUGACCCGUUUUUAAUAGUCAGCUAGGUGAUGAAUACUAUCAAUAGUCACACCUUGUGAUGGUUUCCAGUUGUUAUUCACCCAUUAGGGGGAUAAACUGCCUUUCAAAUUGAAAAAAAAAAUAUAAGGAAAAAAAGUAACAACUAGAUCCUUGAUAACGAUAUUCCUGCUGCUGUUUCUGAUUUGGAAAACACAACAAACACUAAAACAAGCCUUUUCUGUACUCUCACUGUCAUUUCUGCUAUACUGUACAAGAUUUCCACAGUUGAGGAAAAACCUUAAAAUCAUGAAAUAUUUAUGUUUGUGGAAACCUGUGUGAAGUGAUGGAAUAUGGGGAGAAAAAAAUCAAGGAAUCAUGGAAAAGAGUCUGUUUAGCUCUCAAAAUAGGGGAGGCGCAAAAGGGGGAAGGGGGGCACUGCGAUCCUAUGAUUUUUCAAGUAGUGUGAAAAAAUGAGAAAAAAAGGGAAGGAGCACGAAGAUUUAAAAAAAAGAGAGGUAUUUGUCUUUGAACUGUACAUGUUAACCCUUGUUCUUGGUGUACAACAUAUUUAGUAUUUUACAUGAGCCCUCUUCAGAGUGGAUUUGGCACUAUAUAAAGCCCAAUUAUUGUUAUGAUUAAUUUAUAUAUAGACAAGUUAGAUAUAUAAAAAAAAAUUUAGUUCCAUGUCUCUACUUUGCAAAGUUUUUGUCCCUAAAACCUUGAAAAAAAAUCAUGAUGAGAGGCAUUUUUCAUAACUCGCCUGCUUUUUUCCGCAAUAAGCAGCUUGAACAUCUAAAAAGUAUGUAUUCCAAUGAAAACUUUAUCAGUUGUCUGAAGGCAUGUCUUUUCAGUUUGAAUAUCUUUCAUGUAAAUUUGAAUCAUGGACCUGGUACACAUUUCUUUGUCAUUCCCCCUUAUAGUUAUAGUGCAUGGAGACAUUUUUUUUUUGCUAAUGUGUUAUACACUAUAUGAAUGUGUUUUAUUAUCAUAAUCAGUUUCAUAUACAUGACUACAAUUUCAGUCUUUUGUCAUGUUUCAUGAUGUUGUGUUGAUUUACUUUAACAUGAGAAGUAUGAUGAAUGGCCCUGAUUUCUUUUAUCUAUUCAAACUAAAAAAUGUCUUCCAUGGAGGUCAAUUUUUUUCACGAUCAUGCUUAAAGUUUCCGUCAAAUAAAAAAAAAAACAGUAUAAUAAAUGUUGAUUAGAAUAUCAAUGAAAGAUGGCUAUUUACUGAAAAUAUGUUUCGUUGUUUGUCCUGUUUUCUUGAUUCAAAUGAAAUGUUGUAAUGGUCUCAACUUAUGAUUGCUUGAGCACUUUGCAACUUGGAGUAAGAAUGGAGGAAAGUGUGGGUUGGAUGUGCAAACGUUUGAUUAUUUGAUUUGCCCUUAACACGAUAUUUUUAGAUAAUUGCUGCAUUUUUAGUAGCUGGUGAACAAACAUCUCACUUUGAUUUGUUGAUAAGUGUUUGAUCAUGGAGCUAUAGCUUCAUGGUUUGAUCAUUCUUUACCUGUUCUUUGGAAAGGAUGAUAUUUUACUCAUGAAUGGACUGAAAAUGUUUUAGGAGAGAAAUUUCUGUUACAGGUGAUGUAAACUUUAUUUAUUUGCGAUCGGCGAAGCAAGAUCUGGAUGCUGUAAUAUUACAGAGUGAGAUUAUUUGAGUUUUUUUUUCUUUCUUUCCUUCAGUGACGUCCAUUUGGAUUUUUGAGAUGGUGUUUCUUUUAAAUGGUUACUACAAUAUUCACAAUUGUAUAGUGAACAUUAUUGAUCUUUGCAUACUUGCAUGGUUGCAAGAUUGUUUUUUAUGUGGGGGGAGGGAGUGGAAAAGGUAGUGGUUAAACAAUGGCUUUCUCUAAACUCGAGUAGACUUUAAUACAAAAUCACAAGAAUCAAUGAUACAAUUGAUGAAUAUGAAUUUUCAAUGUAAAUUCUAUAGUCUAAAACACUGUUCAAUUUUAUCAUGAUUCAUUUAUUGUUUUAAUAGGGUACAUGUAUUGAUUGCAUUGUGUAAAAAAUCAUGUAUUGAUCUAUCAUAGUAAUGUGUGAUUACAUAUUAUGCAUCUGGUUCUCCUGUAACUCCCAAAGUUAAAAAAAAAAAAAACACGUUAUCCUUUGCUCACAUAUGCCCCACUCUGUGGAACAGCCUUCCUAAAGAGAUUAAAACUUCUGUUGAUGUUGAAUCUCUCAUAAUUUGCUGAAAACCUUUCUAUUUUCUCAAGUCUCUAUGUGCCUUGGUCUCUCUGCAAAGUUUAUUUGGCACUGUACAAGUUACAUUGUUUAUAUUAUCCAAGUCCAUUGGAAGGGCAUAGAGACUUUAUAUCAUGUGAUAUGCACUAUACAAGAGCUGCUUAUUGUUAUAUUUGUGUUAUUAUAUGCAAAAAAAAAAAUUGAAUUGCAUGACUUUUUCAACUAAUUUGUAAUGAAUGUACCUGUUACAUGUUUAAUUGCUCUCUUCACAUACAGUGUCCUGAAUGAUGAAACAAAGAAAAAUGCAUAAUUGGCCCCAGGAAUGGAUUGUAACAAGUUUUGAUAGUACAGAGCAUCUAAAGAGCAUGUUGGUAGCUAACCAGAUAUGUGAUAACUUUUCAAUCAUGAUGAAAGUGUAUGAGUGCUGCCAUCUGAACAGGGUUUAGAUAAUGUAGAUGUUCCCUAGUUUGUAGCAGAAGUUGAUAACGAACUAUUUGCCACAAACUGCUGUAAAAAGAAGUCGGAGAAACACAAAUGUACGCUAAGAUCUAUUUACCUUCAAUAUUUCUGUGGCUCUUUAUUCAGUGCAACAAUAAAUGUCUUUGCUAGCAGUUUCCUUCAUGGGUCAUUACAUGUAUGAAGGAAUAUUUCUCAUUUCAUUGUUUGAUAAGCUUUUCUCCCAAAUCAGUCCAUACAAGGGGUUUGAUGUGAGAACAGUGUAUAUGAGGAUUACAUGUAGGUACUUGUUUCUUGUACUAGACGUUUUGGUAUUGCGAUCUCAGCUGCAUUCAGAUGGUGAAAGGAGCUUUGAGAACAGUGUUAUUAGGAUAUAUGUAGGUACUUGUUUCUUGUACUAUACGUUUUGGUAUUGCGAUCUCAAGCUGCGUUCGGAUUGGUGAAUGGAGCUUUGAUUCAUUCAUCUUCUGGUCAAAAGAUUGUAUGUGCAAACUUGUCCAUAAUGGAAGAUAUAUGAUAGUUUGAUAUAUUACAAAUAAUGCACAGGUGAGAGUGUGUUAGUGGACAUGCAGUAUAAUCAAAGGUAUGUACAAUGGCGCAAAAAGCACAAGACUUCCCAGGUGCUAUUGCAUAGCAUUAUAAAUACUCGAGAUGCCUGUUUUCACUGCUGUAAUCAUGAACUUGAACAGUGCAAGACACAUUUUUAGGUGUGAUUGGACUUGUAUUUUUAUGAUAAUUUGCAUGUAAUGUCAAAUAGAUCAUGGAAAGUCGUGCAGACUGACACCCCUUCCUCAGUUUUUGCCCAAUGGAGAGUGAAGAUGUGCAAGACAGUUUCCUAAUGUAUCGAGUACUACAUUGCCAGGGUAAUCCUCAGACAAAUCUGUCAUGUUGGGGGGGGGGGUUAUAUUGAACACUUUCAGUUUAAUUUUUUCUUGAACUUUCAUGAAUUUUUAAAUAAAUUUCUGUGAAAUCAUAAUUUUACAUGUAGGGAUAACAGUUUUACUCGCCGGGCCUGUAUUAAGUAGCCAGAACCAUGAAAAUAACCUGAAAUAAGAAGUUGUCAGGGCCUGGAAUCAGGCAAAAGCCUGAAGACCGGCAUAUCUGUAAACUCUAUUGACUUAGUUGUAAUUGAUCUGUAGAACCCAUUCUUUAGUCUGACUUUCUCUCACCUAUUUAAUUUUAUGGAAAUCUAGAAUAAGAUAUAACUGAAAUCAUGAUUUAUUACGAUCACUGUUUAUCUACUUGCAUGCUCAGUGGAAUUUCAUUGCACCAAUACAUUAUUUUUUUUCCUGGUAUACACUGUAGCAAGGUUAUAAUUUGGCUGUAGGCUCAAAUGCAAAUCUGAUAUAAUAAUAUUGCUAUGACAAGGUUAACAGAACUGAUGUAAGGACUCUGUUAAAGUGAGUUUUCACUGUAUAGUAUACAGUACAUUGUACAUUUAUCUAGACUAGACUACAGAUCAAUAAAUAUCCCUGAUGUUGGGGAAUUACUCUAAA